AUGACCCAAGCCUUUACUUCUGUAUUGGCCUCUGGCUGCUUCCAUUCAUGUCAGAAGGCACAGGACAGCCAGCGUUUACAGGGAUCACACGGUGGCUUUUUUUAUGGUGGUUCAUCUUCUGCUGACUCAGACACAGGAGACCCACUCUUUGGCCUUGGUUUUGGUGCUUCAGAGAAGGCUGAAUCCAAGUCAAGAGAAGGUUGGGAUGCUGAUAUUUCAAAGUUAGGAGACUCAACAUCAGAAAUAUCAAAAGGAGGAUCAGGUGGCUUUUUUUAUGGUGGUUCAUCCUCUGGUGGCUCAGACGCCAGAGACCCAUUCUUUGGUGCCUUCGGGAAGACGAAAUACACCUGGAGAGAAGGACAAAACGCUGGCAGUUCAAAGUUUGGUGACUCUUCAACAGAAAUAUCAAAAGGAGCAUCAGGUGACUAUUUUUGGGGUGGUUCAUCCUCUGGUGACUCAGACACGAGAGACCCACUCGCUAGUCUUGGAUUUGGUUCUUCAGGAGAGGAUGAGUACACACUGACAGGUCACAACACUGGCGGUGUAAAGUCAAAAGCCCCUAUACCAGGUGACUUUUCAUUUGAUGGCUCAUCCUCUGGUGGCUCAGAUAAGAGAGACUCACUCUUUGGUCUUGGAUUUGGUUCCUCAGAAGAGGGUGAAGGGUUGACAGGUCACAAGGCUGGUGGUGUAAAGUCAAAAGAGUCUAACCCAGAAAUAUCAAAAGGAGCCUCAGGUGACUAUUUUUGGGGUGGUUCAGCCUCUGGUGACUCAGACACGAGAGACCCACUCGCUAGUCUUGGAUUUGGUUCUUCAGGAGAGGAUGAGUACACACCUGAGACAGGUCACAGCACUGGUGGUGUAAAGUCAAAAGAAACUAUAUCAGAAAUAACCAAAAAUGGAUCAGGUGACUUUUUUAAUGGUCAUUCAUCCUCUGGUGAUUUGGACACAAAAAAUCCACUCUUUGGCUUUGGCUCUGGUACAACGGAAGAGACUGAACACAAAAGAGAACGCCGGGACACUGGAAGUUCAGCAUCAGAAAACGCAAAAGCAGGUAUCACAAGAUCAUCUGAAUAUAGUACAUCUGGACCACUCAAUAUUCCAGAAAAAGGAUCCCAUAUUCCAGAAGCAACUCCAAAAUAUUCAGAAACAAAUGCAAUUAUUGGUGAAGCUUCUACUUGGGACAAAGGAUCAUAUAAAGCUUUCAAUGGCCGAAUCUUUUCCUUCGAAUCUCAAUGCACGUACACUUUCUGCCGUCACUGUGUCGAAUCUGGAGGAGAUUUCAAUAUUGAGAUCAAACGAAACAAUGAUAGCGAGAUCGAAAAAAUAGCAGUUCUGAUUGACAACAAUGACGUCUCUAUUUUUGGUGAUACUACUUUAGUUAAUGGAGAAAGUGUACAGAUACCAUAUAAUAAUAAAUUGAUUCACAUUAAAAAAUAUGGAGAAUAUAAUGUCCUGAAUAGCCGUAGAGGAAUCCUGUCUUUAACGUGGGACAAAAAUAACAAACUCUCACUUACUCUUCACAAGCAAUAUCCAACUUGUGGUCUUUGUGGCAAUUUCAAUAACACCCCAGGGUCAGAUAUUAAUGAGCACCUUGCCAAUAGUAAAAUUCCUGGUGAUUGUCCCAAUGCUGUCAGUAAAAGCCAUGAAGUUUGUGAAGAUGGAGUACAGUAUUGUAGCAAAAUUAUUGGAACCUACUUUGAGAAAUGUGGAAAAGUUGCCCCUUUAUCCUAUGACUAUAAAAUGAUCUGCAUUGAUGACUACUGCCGAACAGGAGACAAAAAAUCUACAUGCGACACAUAUUCAGAAUUGUCCCGCCUCUGUGCCUCAGAUGGUCCUGGCAUCUUCGAAUCCUGGCGAAGUGAUUCUGAUGCAGUUUGUGAAAAACCUAGUUGCCCAGAGCAACACAUCUACAGAGAAUGUGGCCCCUCCAACCCUGCAACGUGUUCUAACGUGGCCCCAUUCCAAGACAGCGAGUGUGUGAGUGGCUGUGCCUGCCCAGAAGGCUAUCUAUUGGAUGAUAUUGGACAGAAAGGAAAAUGUGUGUUGAAGGCUGAAUGUCCCUGUGAAGCCAAUGGAAAAGUGUAUCAGUCUGGAGAAGUCCGAGAAGGCCCCUGUGGCUCUCAGUGCACAUGCCAAGAAGCAAAGUGGUCCUGCACGGAAGCAUUAUGCCCUGGAAGAUGUAAGGUGGAAGGGAGUUCACUUACUACCUUUGAUGGUAUCAAAUAUAACCAUCCUGGAAACUGUGACUUCUUGGCCAUUCAUGAUAAAGAUUGGUCUGUUAGUGUCGAACUUCGCCCAUGUCCAAGUGGUCAGAUGGGAACAUGCUUAAAAAGUGUUACACUUCUCUUGAAUUCUUCUGUUUCAGUUGACAAAUACAUCUUCAACAGUGAUGGAACAGUCACAAAUGACAAGAUCAGAAAUCAAGGUUAUUAUUAUUCAGAUAAAAUACAGAUCUUCAAUGCAUCUUCCUCAUAUCUUCAAGUGGAAACAUACUGUCAUGUAAAAAUGCAAAUACAAAUCGUUCCUGUGAUGCAAUUAUAUGUUUCUAUGCCACCCAAUCAAUUUACAGACACUGUAGGACUCUGUGGUUCCUACAACAACAAAGCAGAGGAUGAUUUCAUGUCCAGCCAGAAUAUAUUGGAGAAGACAUCUCAGGCAUUUGCUAGUUCUUGGGAAAUGGCGUCCUGCCCUAAAGGAAACCCCACUUCAUGUAUCAGUAUCGAAAAAGAAAAGUUUGCUGAAAAGAACUGUGGGAUUCUUCUGGAUUCCAGUGGGCCUUUUGCUUCCUGCCAUCCAAUUGUAAAUCCUAAAUCCUAUCACGAGGAAUGCAAAAAAUACACUUGCUCUUGUGAAAGCAGUCAAGAUUGCCUGUGUACAAUUUUAGGAAACUACGUGAAAGCGUGUGCUGAGAAGGAGACCUACAUAGUGGGAUGGAGAACAGGACGGUGUGAACACUCUUGUCCGAGUGGCCUAGUUUUCAAAUACAAUGUAAAAGCCUGCAAUAGUUCCUGCCGAUCCUUGUCGGAGAGAGAUAGGAGCUGUGAUGUAGAAGAUGUUCCAGUGGACGGAUGCACCUGCCCUGAUGGAAUGUACCAGAAUAAUGAAGGAAACUGUGUUUUGAAAUCUCAGUGUGACUGCUACCUAAAUGACGAAGUCAUGCAACCUGGCAAACUCAUCCACAUUAAUGAUAACAAAUGCGUCUGUCGGGAUGGAAUUCUUCUGUGCCAGACUCCCAUUGAUUUAACCCUACAAAACUGUUCUGGAGGGGCUGAGUAUGUGGACUGCAGCGAUCCCAAGGCCCAGAGAAGAAUAGAAAGAACAUGUAGCACUCGAAACAUACCUACUUUUGGUGAGGACUUGCCUUGCAAGCGCGGGUGCUACUGUCCAGAAGGAAUGGUUCGAAAUUCUAAAGGGCAGUGUGUCUUCCCUGAAGACUGCCCAUGCUCUUUUGGUGAACGAGAAUAUGACCAAGGAAGCGUCACUUCAGUUGGCUGCAAUGAAUGUACUUGCAUAAAAGGGUCUUGGAGUUGUACCCAAAAUGAAUGUCAAACCACCUGCCACAUCUACGGGGAGGGUCAUGUUAGAACUUUUGAUGGGAGAAGUUACAGCUUUGAUGGUCUCUGUCAGUAUUCAUUUCUUGAGGAUUAUUGUGGUGGUGAAAAUGGCACAUUUCGCAUUUUAACUGAGAGUGUCCCAUGCUGUGAGGAUGGACUUACAUGUUCAAGAAAAAUCAUAGUUGCCUUUCAGGAUCAGAAUGUUGUCUUGCAAGAUGGCAAAGUAACGGCAGUCAAAACCACAGAAAGUAAGGAAUGUGAACUCAAUGCAAAUGCGUACUCCAUACACACCGUGGGCCUGUACUUGAUUGUGAAGUUUCUAAACGGAAUAAUUGUGAUUUGGGACAAAAAUACAAGACUGUCUGUGAUGCUGGAUCCAAGCUGGAAUGGCAAAGUGUGUGGUCUUUGUGGAAAUAACAACGGUGAUCUCAAGGAUGAUUUUACAACAAGAUACUCGUCAGUAGCUGCUGGAGCCCUGGAAUUUGGAAAUAGUUGGAAAACAAGCCAAGAAUGCUCAGACACAGUGACUCAGAGUUUCCCAUGUGACUCAAACCCGUAUUGUAAAGCCUGGGCUGUGCGGAAAUGCGAGAUCAUCAGAGACAGCACCUUCAGAGACUGCCACAACAAGGUGGACCCGAGUGCUUACUAUGACGCAUGCAUCGAAGAGGCCUGUGCGUGUGACAUGGAGGGGAAGUACCUGGGAUUCUGCACCGCUGUGGCUAUGUACGCAGAGGCGUGCAGUGCAGUUGGGGUCUGUGUCUCCUGGAGAAAACCAAAUAUGUGCCCUGUCUACUGUGAUUAUUACAAUGCACCUGGAGAAUGCAGCUGGCAUUAUGAACCUUGUGGUUCAGUGACUGCAAAAACAUGCAAAGAUCAGGUCAUUGGCAAGAAAUUUUCUUCACUCUUAGAAGGUUGUUAUGCAAAGUGCCCAGACAGCGCGCCCUACCUGGACGAGAACACCAUGAAAUGCGUCAGUUUAUCUGAAUGCAGCUGCUUCUAUAACGAUGUUAUACCAGCAGGGGGCGUAAUCGAAGAUAAUUGUGGAAGAACAUGCUAUUGCAUCGCAGGGGAGUUGGUGUGCAGUGAAACUGUUCCUCCAAAUUCAACGUUUACAGUUCCCACUACAAGAUCUACUUCCAUAUUAAGCACCAGAGCAGCAAUUACACUGGUCACCAGUGGCCCAGGCACAGGCAUUACUAGCACUUCUGUUGCCAUCACCCCAGCAGCAGCCACAAUGGUAGUGAGCCCCACCUUCACCAGCGCUGGGGGCAUAGCAGGGACAACUGAAGUAUCAUCUGGAGUAUCAUCAACCACAGCUGCUGACAAUGGAAUUUCAAGUGACACAGUCUUUAAAAUAGUACCAUACGUUGAAACCACUGCCUCUACGUUUAUCAGGUACGAUCAGAGCACCAGUGGGAGCGAGCACAGGAGCCGGCAGCAGCAGCACAUCUGGAGGGUCCGGCGCUGGGGCCGCCAGCACGGGAAACCCAGCAGGCAAGACAAAGCCUCUAUGGAGGCUGUGGCGAGGGGUCCAACACAGGCUUAUUCACUGAGGCCUGGGGACGCGAUAAUGAGAUUCAAAACCACUGCAGAAGUGGAAGUGACCACCACUGGAGCUGCUGGGGAAAACGCAUCUGGAAGAACAGGCAAACCUGGUGUAUCCUCUGUAGCAACCUCCGGAAGUGAAGGUGGCAGCACCCCGGGUGAAGCAGGUAAUGGGGACACAGGUUCUGGGACCACAGGAGUUCAUGCAGACUCCACCACGGCUAGCCCUGGAACCUCAGCCAUCCCAGCCAGCACCCCUGAAAGCAGCAAACCAGGAACAACUGGAGCGGGGAAUGCAGCCACCACUGUAGCUGCUGGUGAGAACUAUUCUGGAGCACCAGGGUCAGCAGAUGCUACCACGGGAGCAGUCAGGGGGAACACAGCUGGGACAGCAAACAUGGGGAUCACUGAUCCUGGAAACCCAGCAUAUGAGAGAAGAAGCGUCACACCUGUGAUAUCACCUGGAACAACUUCAGGAGCUGGAGGAAGCAGCACGUUCGGGAAACCUAGCAUCAGAACCACAAGUCCUGGAAACUCAGGGACAAAUGGAUCGUCAGCUGGAGAGACAGGAACAACUACGCCAUCAACUAAAGUGACAGGGAAUUAUGGACAAUCAUCUAGAGUGACAGGAACAACCAGAUUAUCAUCUAAAGAUUCAGGGACUAUGGAAACACAAGAUGUAGGUUCGGGAACAAUUAGACCAUCAUCUGGAUUGACAGUGACAUCAGAACAAUUAUCAGGAGUCACAGGGACAAUUGCGCCAUCAGUUGGUGAAUCAAAGACAACAAGACCAUCAGCUGAAGGAUCAACGCUUGAAUCAUCCUCUAUGGAAAUAGGUACAACUAAACCAAAAGCUGAGGAGUCAGGAACAACUGGUGAAUCACCUGGAGGAUCAGAGAAAACAGUACCAUCACUAGAAGAGACAGGGACAACUAGGCCAUCAUUUGCAGUGACAGAUAUAAGUGACCCAUCAGGAGGAUCACAUAAAACCUCUGGAAGGCCAUCAGCUGGAGUGACAGAGAUAACAUGGUCAUCAUCAGGAAAAUCAGGGACAACUGGACCAUUCAAUGGAGUUACAGGUUCAAGUGGACUUUCAGAUAGAGUGUCAGCGACAACAGCACAAUCAGGGAAAGAGGCAGGAACAAGUGGAACUCAGCCUGGAGUGACAGGGUCACCUAGAAACUCUGCUGGAGUGACAAGGACAACUAAACAAUCAGGGCAAGAGGCCAGAACCAGUGGAGCACAGUCUGGAGAGACAGGAUCCCCUGGUUUCUCAGGUGGUGUGACAGAGACAACUAUAGAGUUAGGGAAAGGGACCAGGACGACGAGAGCACAGCCUGAAGUGACAGGUUCCCCUGGUGUCUCAGGUGGUGUGACAGGGACAACUGUAGGGUCAGGGAAAGGGACAGGGACUAGUGGAACACAGUUGGGAGAGACAGGUGCCCCUGGUGUCUCAGCUGGUGUGACAGGAAUAACUGUAGAGUUAGGGAAAGGGACAGGGACCAGUGGAGCACAGCCUAGAGAGACAGGCUCCCCUGGUGUCUCAGCUGGUGUGACAAGAACAACUGUCAGGUCAGGGAAAGGCACAGGGACCAGUGGAGCACACCCUGGAGUGACAGGUUCCCCUGGUGUUUCAGCUGGUGUGACAGGGACAACUGUAGAGUCAGAGAAGGAUACAGGGACAAGUGGAGCACAGCCUGGAGUGACAGGUUCCCCUGGUGUCUCAGCUGGUAUGAGAGGGACAACUGUAGAGUCAGGGAAAGGGACAGGGACCAGUGGAACACAGGCUGAAGUGACAGGUUCCCAUGUUGUCUCCGGUGGUGUGACAAGGACAACUGUAGGGUCAGAGAAAGGGACUGGGACCAGUGGAGCACAGCCUGGAGAGACAGUUUUCCCUGUUGUCUCCGGUGGGGUAACAGGGACAACUGUAGGGUCAGGGAAAGUGACAGGGACCAGUGGAACACAGCCUAGAGAGACAGAAUCCCCUGGUGUCUCAGCUGGUGUGACAGGGACAACUGUAGAGUCAGGGAAAGCGACAGGGACUAGUGGAACACAGGCUGAAGUGACAGGUUCCCCUAUUGUCCCCGGUGGUGUGACAGGGACAACUGUAGAGUCAGAGAAAAGGACUGGGACCAGUGGAGCACAGUCUAGAGUGACAGGUUCUCCUGGUGUCUCAGCUGGUAUGACAGGGACAACUGUAGAGUCAGGGAAAGGGACCAGUGGAGUAUUGCCUAGAGAGACAGGUUCCCCUGUUGUCCCCAGUGGUGUGACAGGGACAACUGUAGAGUCAGAGAAAGGGACUGGGACCAGUGGAGAUCAGCCUGGAGAGACAGGUUCCCCUGGUGUCUCAGCUAGUGUGACAGGGACAACUUUAGAGUCAGGGACAGGGACCAGAGGAGCUCAGCCUGGAGAGACAGGUUCCCCUGGUGUCUCAGCUGGUGUGACAGGGACAACUGUAGAGUCAGGGACAGGGACCAGUGGAGAUCAGCCUGGAGAGACAGGUUCCCCUGGUGUCUCAGCUGGUGUGACAGGGACAACUGUAGAGUCAGGGAAAGGCACAGGGACUAGUGGAGCACAGCUGGGAGAGACAGGUCCCCGUGGAGUCUCUGCUGGUGUGACAGAAAUAACUGUAGAGUCCGGGAGAGGGACAGGGACUAGUGGAUCACAGCCUGGAGUGACAGGUUCCCCUGGUGUCUCAGGUAGUGUGACAGGGACAACUGUAGUGUCAGAAAUAGGGACAGGGACCAGUGGAGCACAGCCUGGAGGGACAGGUUACCCUGGUGUCUCAGGUAGUGUGACAGGGACAACUGUAGAGUUAGGCAAAGGGACUGGGACCAGUGGAGCACAGCCUGGAGUGACAGGUUCUCCUGGUGUCUCAGGGACAACUGUAGAGUCAGGAAAAUGGACCGGGACCACUGGAGCACAGCGUGAAGUAACAGGUUCCCCUGGUGUCUCAGCUGGUGUGACAGGGACAACUGUGGGGUCAGGGAAAGGCACAGGGACCAGUGGAGCACAGACUAGAGUGACAGGUUCCACAGGUAUCUCAGCUGUUGUGACAGGGACAACUGUCAGAUCAGAGAAAGGCACAGGGACCAGUGUAGCACAGCCUGGAGAGACAGGUUCCACAGGUAUCUCAGGUCGUGUAACAAGGACAAAUGUAGAGUCAGGGAAAGGCACAGGGACCAGUGGAGCACAGACUAGAGUGACUACUUCCCCUGGUGUCUCAGCUGGGACAACUGUAGAGUCAGGGAAAGGGACAGGGACAAGUGGAGCACAGCCUGCAGAGACAGGUUCUCCUGGUGUCUCAGCUGGUGUGACAGGGACAACUGUAGUGUCCAGAAAAGGGACUAAAAACAGUGGAGCACAGCCUGAAGAGACAGGUUCCCCUGGUGUCUCAGGUCGUGUAACAGGGACAACUGUAGAGUCAACGAAAGGGACAGGAACCAGUGGAACACAGGCUGAACUGACAGGUUCCCCUGUUCUCCCCAGCAGUGUGACAGGAACAACUGUAGGGUCAGAAAAAGGAACUGGGACCACUGGAGCGCAGCCUGGAGAGGCAGUAUUCCCUGUUGUCUCCAGUGGUAUGACAGGGACAACUUUAGAGUCAGGGAAAGGGACAGGGACCAGUGGAGCACAGCCUGGAGAGACAGGUUCCCCUGGUGUUUCAGGUGGUGUGACAGGGACAACCGUACGGUCAGGGAAAGGGACAGGGACCAGUGGAACACAGGCUGAAGUGACAGGUUCUCCUGUUCUCCCCGCUGGUGUGACAGGGACAACUCUAGGGUCAGAGAAAGGGACUGGGACCAGUGGAGCACAGCCUGAAGAGACAGUUUUCCCUUUUGUCUCCAGUGGUCUGACCAGGACAACUGUAGGGUCAGGGAAAGGGACAGGGACAAGUGGAACACAGCCUGGAGUGACAGGUUCCCCUGGUGUCUCAGCUGGUGUGACAGGGACAACCGUAGAGUCAGGGAAAGCGACACGCACCAGUGGAACACAGGCUGAAGUGAAAGGUUCCCCUGGUGUGUCAGGUGGUGUGACAGGGACAACUGUAGGGUCAGAGAAAGGGACUGGGACCACUGGAGCACAGCCUGGAGAGACAGGUUCCCCUGGUUUCUCAGGUCAUGUAACAGGGACAACUGUAGAGUCAGGAAAAUGGACAGGGACCAGUGGAAAACUGCCUGGAGAGACUGGUUCCCCUGGAGUCUCAGCUGGUGUGACAGGGACAACUGUAGAGUUAGGAAAAGGCACAGGGACCAGUAGAGCUCAGCCUGGAGAGACAGGUUCCACUGGUUUCUCAGGUGGUGUGACAAGGACAACUGUAGAGUCAGGGAAAGGCACAGGGACCAGUUUAGGAAAGCCUGGAGUGACAGUUUCCCCUGGUGUCUCAGCUGGUGUGACAGGGACAACUGUAGAGUCAGGGAAAGGGACAGGGACCAGUAGAGCUCAGCCUGGAGAGACAGGUUCCCCUGGUGUCUCAGGUGGUGUGACAAGGACAACUGUAGAGUCAGGGAAAGGUACAGGGACCAGUAUAGCACAGCCUGCAGUGACAGUUUCCCCUGGUGUCUCAGCUGGUGUGACAGGGACAACUGUAGAGUCAGGGAAAGGGACAGGGACCAGUAGAGCACAGCCUGGAGAGACAGGUUCCCCUGGUGUCUCAGCUGGUGUGACAGGGACAACUGUAGAGUCAGAGAAAGAGACAGGAACCAGUAGAGCACAGCCUGGAGAGACAGGUUCCCCUGGUGUCUCAGUUGGUGUGACAGGGACCAGUGGAGCACAGCCUGGAAAGACAGGUUCCCCUGGUGUCUCAGCUGGUGUGACAGGGACAACUGUGGAGUCAGGGAAAGGCACAGGGACCAGUGUAGCACAGCCUGGAGUGACAGGUUCCCCUGGUGUCUCAGCUGCUGUGACAGGGACAACUGUGGAGUCAGGGAAAGUUACAGGGACCAGUGGAGCAGAGCCUGGAGAGACAGGUUCUCCUGGUGUCUCAGCUGGUGUGACAGGGACAACUGUAAGGUCAUGGAAAGGGACAGUGACCAGUGGAACACAGCCUGGAGUGACAGGUUCCCCUGGUCUCUCAGCUGGUGUGACAGGGACAACCGUAGAGUCAGGGAAAGUGACAGGGACCAGUGGAACACAGGCUGAAGUGAAAGGUUCCCCUGGUGUGUCAGGUGGUGUGACAGGGACAACUGUAGGGUCAGAAAAAGGGACUGGGACCACUGGAGCACAGCCUGGAGAGACAGGUUCCCCUGGUUUCUCAGGUCAUGUAACAGGGACAACUGUAGAGUCAGGAAAAUGGACAGGGACCAGUGGAAGACUGCCUGGAGAGACUGGUUCCCCUGGAGUCUCAGCUGGUGUGACAGGGACAACUGUAGAGUCAGGAAAAGGCACAGGGACCAGUAGAGCUCAGCCUGGAGAGACAAGUUCCACUGGUUUCUCAGGUGGUGUGACAAGGACAACUGUAGAGUUGGGGAAAGGCACAGGGACAAGUGUAGGAAAGCCUGGAGUGACAGGUUCCCCUGGUGUCUCAGCUGGUGUGACAGGGACAACUGUAGAGUCAGGGAAAGGGACAGGGAUCAGUGGAGCACAUCCUGGAGAGACAGGUUCCCCUGGUGUCUCAGCUGGUGUGACAGGGACAACUGUAGAGUCAGGGAAAGAGACAGGAACCAGUAGAGCACAGCCUGGAGAGACAGGUUCCCCUGGUGUCUCAGUUGGUGUGACAGGGACCAGUGGAGCACAGCCUGGAGAGACAGGUUCCCCUGGUGUCUCAGCUGGUGUGACAGGGACAACUGUGGAGUCAGCGAAAGGCACAGGGACCAGUGUAGCACAGCCUGGAGUGACAGGUUCCCCUGGUGUCUCAGCUGCUGUGACAGGCACAACUGUAGAGUCAGGGAAAGGGACAGGGACCAGUGGAGCACAGCCUGGAGAGACAGGUUCCCCUGGUGUCUCAGCUGGUGUGACAGGGACAACUGUGGCAUCAGGGAAAGGCACAGGGACCAGUGUAGCACAGCCUGGCGUGACAGGUUCCCCUGGUGUCUCAGCUGGUGUGACAGGGACAACUGUAGAGUCAGGGAAAGGGACAGGAACCAGUAGAGCACAGCCUGGAGAGACAGGUUCCCCUGGUGUCUCAGCUGGUGUGACAGGGACCAGUGGAGCACAGCCUGGAGAGACAGGUUCCCCUGGUGUCUCAGCUGGUGUGACAGGGACAACUGUAGAGUCAGGUAAAGGGACAGGGACCAGUGGAGCUCAGCCUGGAGAGACAGGUUCCCCUGGUGUCUCAGCUGGUGUGACAGGGACAACUGUAGAGUCAGGUAAAGGGACAGGGACCAGUGGAGCUCAGCCUGGAGAGACAGGUUCCCCUGGUGUCUCAGCUGGUGUGACAGGGACAACUGUAGAGUCAGGGAAAGGGACAGGGAUCAGUGGAGCACAUCCUGGAGAGACAGGUUCCCCUGGUGUCUCAGCUGGUGUGACAGGGACAACUGUAGAGUCAGGGAAAGAGACAGGAACCAGUAGAGCACAGCCUGGAGUGACAGGUUCCCCUGGUGUCUCAGUUGGUGUGACAGGGACCAGUGUAGCACAGCCUGGAGAGACAGGUUCCCCUGGUGUCUCAGCUGGUGUGACAGGGACAACUGUAGAGUCAGGGAAAGGGACAGGGAUCAGUGGAGCACAUCCUGGAGAGACAGGUUCCCCUGGUGUCUCAGCUGGUGUGACAGGGACAACUGUAGAGUCAGGGAAAGAGACAGGAACCAGUAGAGCACAGCCUGGAGUGACAGGUUCCCCUGGUGUCUCAGUUGGUGUGACAGGGACCAGUGGAGCACAGCCUGGAGAGACAGGUUCCCCUGGUGUCUCAGCUGGUGUGACAGGGACAACUGUAGAGUCAGGGAAAGGGACAGGGAUCAGUGGAGCACAUCCUGGAGAGACAGGUUCCCCUAGUGUCUCAGCUGGUGUGACAGGGACAACUGUAGAGUCAGGGAAAGAGACAGGAACCAGUAGAGCACAGCCUGGAGAGACAGGUUCCCCUGGUGUCUCAGCUGGUGUGACAGGGACAACUGUGGAGUCAGGGAAAGGCACAGGGACCAGUGUAGCACAGCCUGGAGUGACAGGUUCCCCUGGUGUCUCAGCUGCUGUGACAGGCACAACUGUAGAGUCAGGGAAAGGGACAGGAACCAGUAGAGCACAGCCUGGAGAGACAGGUUCCCCUGGUGUCUCAGUUGGUGUGAAAGGGACCAGUGGAGCACAGCCUGGAGAGACAGGUUCCCCUGGUGUCUCAGCUGGUGUGACAGGGACAACUGUGGCAUCAGGGAAAGGCACAGGGACCAGUGUAGCACAGCCUGGAGUGACAGGUUCCCCUGGUGUCUCAGCUGGUGUGACAGGGACAACUGUAGAGUCAGGGAAAGGGACAGGAACCAGUAGAGCACAGCCUGGAGAGACAGGUUCCCCUGGUGUCUCAGCUGGUGUGAAAGGGACCAGUGGAGCACAGCCUGGAGAGACAGGUUCCCCUGGUGUCUCAGCUGGUGUGACAGGGACAACUGUAGAGUCAGGUAAAGGGACAGGGACCAGUGGAGCUCAGCCUGGAGAGACAGGUUCCCCUGGUGUCUCAGCUGGUGUGACAGGGACAACUGUAGAGUCAGGGAAAGGGACAGGAACCAGUAGAGCACAGCCUGGAGAGACAGGUUCCCCUGGUGUCUCAGCUGGUGUGACAGGGACAACUGUAGAGUCAGGUAAAGGGACAGGGACCAGUGGAGCUCAGCCUGGAGAGACAGGUUCCCCUGGUGUCUCAGCUGGUGUGACAGGGACAACUGUAGAGUCAGGGAAAGGGACAGGGACCAGUGGAGCUCAGCCUGGAGAGACAGGUUCCCCUGGUGUCUCAGCUGGUGUGACAGGGACAACUGUAGAGUCAGGGAAAGGGACAGGGACCAGUGGAGCUCAGCCUGGAGAGACAGGUUCCCCUGGUGUCUCAGCUGGUGUGACAGGGACAACUGUAGAGUCAGGGAAAGGGACAGGAACCAGUAGAGCACAGCCUGGAGAGACAAGUUCCCCUGGUGUCUCAGUUGGUGUGACAGGGACCAGUGGAGCACAGCCUGGAGAGACAGGUUCCCCUGGUGUCUCAGCUGGUGUGACAGGGACAACUGUGGAGUCAGGGAAAGGCACAGGGACCAGUGUAGCACAGCCUGGAGUGACAAGUUCCCCUGGUGUCUCAGCUGCUGUGACAGGGACAACUGUGGAGUCAGGGAAAGGCACAGGGACCAAUGGAGCACAUCUUGGAGAGACAGGUUCCCCUGGUGUUUCAGCUGGUGUGACAGGGACAACUGUAGAGUUAGGGAAAGGGACAGGGAUCAGUGGAGCACAUCCUGGAGAGACAGGUUCCCCUGGUGUCUCAGCUGGUCUGACAGGGUCAGGGAAAUUUUCAGGGACCAGUGGAGCACAGCCUGGAGAGACAGGUUCUCCUGGUGUCUCAGCUGGUGUGACAGGGACAACUAUAAGGUCAGGGAAAGGGACAGUGACCAGUGGAACACAGCCUGGAGUGACAGGUUCCCCUGGUCUCUCAGCUGGUAUGACAGGGACAACCGUAGAGUCAGGGAAAGGGACAGGGACCAGUGGAACACCGGCUGAAGUAACAGGUUCCCCUGUUUUCUCCAGGGGUGUGACAGGGACAACUGUAGGGUCAGAGAAAGGGACAGGGAACAGUGGAGCACAGCCUGGAGAGACAGUUUUCCUGGUUGUCUCAAGUGGUCUGACCAGGACAACUGUAGAUUCAGGGAAAGAUACUGGGACCGGUGGAACACAGCCUGGAGAGACAGGUUCCCCUGGUGUCUCAGGUCAUGUAACAGGGACAACUGUAGAGUCAGGAAAAGGGACAGGGACCAGUGGAGCUCAGCCUGGAGAGACAGGUUCCCCUGGUGUCUCAGAUGGUGUGACAUGGACAACUAUAGAGUCAGGGAAAGGCACAGGGACCAGUGUAGCACAGCCCGGAGUGACAGUUUCCCCUGGUGUCUCAGCCGGUGUGACAGGGACAACUGUAGAGUCAGGGAAAGGGACAGGGACCAGUGGCGCUCAGCCUGGAGAGACAGGUUCCCCUGCUGUCUCGGGUCACGUAACAGGGACAACUGUAGAGUCAGGGAAAGGGACAGGAACUAGUGGAACACAGCCUGGAGAGACAGGUUCCCCUGGUGUCUCAGCUGGUGUGACAGGGACAACUGUAGAGUCAGGGAAAGGGACAGGGACCAGUGGAGUACUGCCUAGAGAGACAGGUUCCCCUCUUGUCCCCGGUGGUGUGACAAGGACAACUGUAGAGUCAGAGAAAGGGACAUGGACUAGUGUAGCACAGUCUGGAGAGACAGGUUCCCCUGGUGUCUCAGGUCUUGUAACAAGGACAACUGUAGAGUCAGGGAAAGGGACUGGGACCAGUAUAACACAGCCUGGAGAGACAGGUUCCCCUGGUGUCUCAGGUGGUGUGACAAGGACAACUGUAGAGUCAGGGAAAGGCACAGGGACCAGUGUAGCACAGCCUGGAGUGACAGGUUCCCCUGGUGUCUCAGCUGCUGUGACAGGGACAACUGUAGAGUUUGGGAAAGGGACAGGGACCAGUGGAGCUCAGCCUGGAGAGACAGGUUCUCCUGGUGUCUCAGCUGGUGUGACAGGGACCCCUGGAGAGACAGGUUCCCCUGGUGUGUCAGCUGGUGUGACAGGGACCAGUGUAGCACAAUCUGGAGAGACAGGUUCCCCUGGUGUCUCAGGUCUUGUAACAAGGACAACUGUAGAGUCCGGGAAAGGGACAGGAACCAGUAGAGCACAGCCUGGAGAGACAGGUUCCCCUGGUGUCUCAGCUGGUGUGACAGGGACCAAUGUAGCACAGUCUGGAGAGACAGGUUCCCCUGGUGUCUCAGGUCUUGUAACAAGGACAACUGUAGAGUCCGGGAAAGGGACAGGGACCAGUGGAACACAGGCUGAAGUGACAGAGAAAGGGACUGGGACCAGUGGAGCACAGCCUGGAGAGACAGUUUUCCCUAUUGUCUCCAGUGGUCUGACCAGGACAACUGUAGAGUCAGGGAAAGGGACUGGGACCGAUGGAACACAGCCUGGAGUGACAGGUUCCCCUGGUGUCUCAGCUGGUGUGACAGGGACAACCAUAGAGUCAGGGAAAGCGACAGAGACCAGUGGAACACAGGCUGAAGUGACAGGUUUCCCUGGUGUGUCAGGUGGUAUGACAGGGACAACUGUAGGGUCAGAGAAAGGGACUGGGACCACUGGAGCACAGCCUGGAGAGACAGUUUUCCCUGGUGUCAUAGCUGGUGUGACAGGGACAACUGUAGAGUCAGGGAAAGGGAGAGGGACAAGUGGAGCUCGGCCUGGAGAGACAGGUUUCCCUAGUGUCUCAGGUGGUGUGACAGGGACAACUGUAGAGUCAGGGAAAGGGACAGGGACCAGUGGAGCUCAGUCUGGAGAGACAGGUUCCCCUGGUGUCUCAGCUGGUGUGACAGGGACCAGUGGAGCACAGCCUGGAGAGACAGGUUCCCCUGUUGUCUCAGCUGGUGUGACAGGGACCAGUGGAGCACAGCCUGGAGAGACAGGUUCCCCUGUUGUCUCAGCUGGUGUGACAGUGACCAGUGGAGCACAGCCUGGAGAGACAGGUUCCCCUGGUGUCUCAGCUGGUGUGACAGGGACAACUUCAGCUGGUGUGACAGGGACCAGUGGAGCACAGCCUGGAGAGACAGGUUCCCCUGGUGUCUCAGGUCUUGUAACAAGGACAACUGUAGAGUCAGGGAAAGGGACAGGAACCAGUCUUGUAACAAGGACAACUGUAGAGUCCGGGAAAGGGACAGGGACCAGUGGAGCACAGCCUGGAGUGACAGGUUCCCCUGGUGUCUCAGCUGGUGUGACAGGGACCAGUGGAGAACAGCCUGGAGAGACAGGUUCCCCUGGUGUCUCAGGUCUUGUAACAAGGACAACUGUGGAGUCAGGGAAAGGGACAGGGACCAGUGGAGCACAGCCUGGAGAGACAGGUUUUCCUGGUGUCUCAGCUGGUGUGACAGGGACCAGUGUAGCACAGUCUGGAGAGACAGGUUCCCCUGGUGUCUCAGGUCUUGUAACAAGGACAACUGUAGAGUCAGGGAAAGGGACAGGAACCAGUCUUGUAACAAGGACAACUGUAGAGUCCGGGAAAGGGACAGGGACCAGUGGAGCAAAGCCUGGAUUGACAGGUUCAGCUGGACUGUCUUAUGGAGUAACAGAGACAUCUGUAGCAUCAUCUGGAUUGACAGUGAUAACUCGGACUUCAUCUGUAGAAUUGGUGACAUCUGCAACAUCAGCUAAAUUGACAGAGAUUACCGGGCUGUCUUCUGGAAAAUCAUUGAAUACUAGACCAACAGCUGGGGUCACAACAAUAAUUGGGUCUUUGUCAGGAGAAGUGAGGACAAAUGGUCCAUCUACUGGCAGAACCACUGGGGCAGGAGCAACUACUGGAGAACCAGGAAAUGGAGUUACAGCACUGGAAGUGCUAAAAGAAGAUGAAGGUGUUAGUGAUAUUCCACCUGGUGUCUCCAAGAAUGAAGAGGCAUUAGUCAGAGAAAGAAUAAGGCAGGAAGAGAAACAGGAAGAGAGCUCUAGGGGGAAGGCACAGGAUCUGGAGAGUGUGAAGUCGAAGGAGGCUGGAGGGCCCCAUACCCGGCCGGACGGUGUGUUGUCAAAGCAGACUGAAGUAGCAGGGGCAGGAGUUGUGCCAGUGGUGGCCCCAAUGGUACCUGAAACACAGACAGUCCAGGGUCACCAUGAAACUUCUGGUGGUGUCUCAGUCAAAACCCUCCAUCCCGGAAGUUACAUCACAGAGGCCACAACUGCUACAGGGACCAGCAGAACAGGACUUUCAGGUGGCACCACCAUUAUCUCCGCUGAAGUCAGUAGCAGUUCAGAAGUGUCCAACCCAGGUAUAACUGGAGUGGGCUCUGAGACAUCCACGCAAGCAGAAAUUUCCAACACAGCCACCACUGGAGCAGCUCCUAGCACAGCUGGUGCCACUGGCAGGCCCCGCACAGGCACCACUGGGCUACUUCCUGGAAGGACUCUGGAACCUGGGAAUGGCAACACAGAGGUCACCAGUUCCAGAGGAGCGGGUGGGACCAACCCCUCAGAAGCAUCAGGGGAGGCUACAACUUCCCUCAUAGGACAGGAAACCACGAGAGGUGGAACAGACACAGUGACCUCUGGGCCGGGCUCCGGAAUGACUCAUGAACCUGGGAAACACAAAACAGAGGCCACAAGUACCACGGGAGGUGGUGGGGCCACAAGAUCAGAAGCUGCAGGAGCCACCACUGGGGCAGCUCCUGGCACCAGUGUUGCCCCUGGCAGUUCCAGGACAGAGGUUACAACUUCCUCUGGAGGACAGGGAACAAGAAGUGGUGGCACAGGCCCAGCGACCACUAGGCGAGGCUCUGGGAAGACUCUGGAACCUGGGAAUGACAACACAGAGAGCACAAGUUCCACAGGAGGCAGCGGGACCCCUGCAUCAAAAGCCCCAGGAGGAACUCCUGGUGAAUUCUAUGGAACCACCACUAUAUCCGGAGUUUCCUACACAGAGGGCACGGAGUCCACAGAAGGCAGGGGCAGUACCUUAGUUGAAUCCAGAGCAGCCACCACUGGGGCGGCUCCCGGCACAAGUGUGGCCCCUGGCAGUUCCAGAACAGAGGCUACAACUUCCCUGGUAGGACAGGGAACGACAAGAAGAGGAACAGGCCCAGAGGCCACAAGUACCACAGGAGGGGCUGGGGCCACAAGAUCAGAAGCUGCAGGAGGUACUUCUGGUGCUUUCUCUGGGACAACCUCUACAUCUGGAGUUUCCAACAAAGAAGCCACAGAUGCUAUAGAGGGCAGGGCCAGUACUGGAAGUGAACCCAGAACAGCCACCACUGGGACAGCUCCUGGCACAAGUGUUACGCCAGGCAGUUCCAGGACAGGUGCAUUCACAGAGGCUACAACUUCACUCGUAGGACUGGGAAUGACAAGUGGUGGCACAGGCACAGCGACCACUGGGCGAGUCUCUGGGAAGACUCUGGAACCUGGGAAUGACAACACAGAGAGCACAAGUUCCACAGGAGGCAGCGGGACCCCUGCAUCAAAAGCCCCAGCAGCCACCACUGGGGCAGCUCCUGGCACCAGUGUUGCCCCUGGCAGUUCCAGGACAGAGGCUGUAACUUCCCUCGUAGGAUGGGAAACGACAAGAGGUGGAACAGGCCCAGGCUCAUCCUCCCUUUCUUUGCUCUCAGAGACCACAAGUACCACAGGAAAGGGUGGGGCCACAAGAUCAGAAGCUGCAGGAGUUACUUCUGGUGAAUUCUCUGGGACAACCAUUGCAUCUGGAGUUUCCAUCACAGAGGCCACAACUCUCACAGAAGUCAUAGGCGGUACUGGAAAUGAAUCCAGAACAGCCACCACUGGGGUAACCCCUGGCACAACUGUUAUUCCUAGCAGUUCUAACACAGAGCCCACAACAUUCCUGGGAGUAACUGGAACCACAAGAGUUGGAAGAGUCACAGGUGCUACCGGUGUAGUUUCUGGAAAAACUGUGGAACCUGGAAGUCAAAGCACAGAGGCCACAGCUUCCACAGGAGGAAGCGGGAACACACAAUCAGAACUUCCCGGAGGUACGACGACAGUUUCACCAGGAGUCAGCAGCAGUUCACCGAGUUCCAAGCCAGGCACUCCAGGAGAAUUCUCUAGGACCACGAUUAUAUCUGGCAGUUCCCACACGGAGGCCACAACAUUAACAGAAGGCAGUGGCUCUCCUGGAAUGGGGUCCAGCCCAGGUACCGGUGCAACACCAGGAGGCCAAGCAACUGCGAGUGAGACAGGUACUACUGAGGAUAUUGCUGACAAAACUGUGGAAACUAGAAGUGCCAACACAGAAGCCACAAGUUUCCCAGGAGGCAGUGGGAGCACGCAAGCAGGAGGGCCAGGAGGUACCACUGGAAAACUUUCCGGAACAACCGUUAUACCUGGAAGUUCUAACACAAAGCCCACAACUUCCUUGGAAGAGACUCAGACCACUGGGACUGCACUCGGAACUGGCCUUACUGCAGGUCCAGGGAGCCAAGCAGGCACCUCUGGGGUGGUCCCUGGCACACCAGUGGGCCCUGGAAGUUUCAGUACAGCAGCCACAACUUCCCCUGGGGAGAAUCGAACGAGGGCAGUUGAAACCACUACAGAAACCACAACUAUCCUAGGAGGAAGUAGCACCACUGGAGCAGAAAUAAAAUCAGGGGCCACCACUAGAGCAUUGGGAAGUAAGACAGGCCCUACUGAAGGACCCUCUGCUACAACAGUUGCUCCUGGGAGCUCCAGCUCAGGGGCAGCACCUUUCUCAGGAACCACUGCAGCAGUAACAGACCUGGAAGCCAACACCACAGCACCAGGGAGCCAAGUCUCUGGCAGUCAAACUGUAAUUCCAGGCACCAGUGGAGUUGUCUCUGGCCCAACUGUUGGACCUGGAAUUCACACCCCAGGAACCAACUCUAGAGCAUCAGACAAUUAAAUCACUAGAAGUAAAACAGGCACCACUGGUAUGGCCUUGAGUACAACAGUUCUUCCAGAAGCCACAACUUCCACUGGAGUCAGCAGAACCACUGUAGUAGGAUGGAAAACAGGAGCUACCACUGGAGGAUCAGUAAAACAAGAAACUGGAAACACAAUAGAAGCUACAACAGCCAUUGGAAGCAGUGGAACCACAGGAAGUGGAAUGAAUACACGAGUAUCAGGAAGCCAAGUCACUAACAUUCAGCCAGGUACUCCCGGAGAGGUUCUUGGCAGCACCCUCUCACCUGGCAGUUCCAACCCAGCUACCACUGGCAAAUCAGAGCGGUCAAGCCUGAGAAGCGAAAUAGGCACCACUGGGGUAGCCUCUAGCACAACAGUUGCAUCUGGAAGUUCCAACACAGAGGCCACAACUUCUUUGGGAGGUAGUGGAACCACUGAGGCUGGAAUUAAAAUAAUUACCACUGGGAUAACUACAGGCACAACCAUUGCACCCGGGAGUUCCAAUACAAAGGCCACAACUUCUACCACUGGAGUGGGAAUGGCAACUGGUACCGCUUUAGGAUCAGCUGGAGUUUCCAGUGGCCAAGAAAAUUUCAGUCCUGGGAACCAAGUCACAGAAAGUAAAACAGGCACUACAACUUCAGUACUGAGCAAUAACACCUCUGGGAGUGAAAUACACACAGCAGUCACUGCUUCCACAGGAGUCAAAGAAACUUCUGGAACAGCAGGGCAAACAGGCUCCACUGCAGUUUCAGUAGGAGACACAAAAAGCCCACCAGUAUCCCAGCCAGAAACCACUGUGGUGGCAACAGAGCAUCAAGAAUCUGAAAAUAAAACAGGAUGUCCGGCGUCACUUCCAUCAACUCCAGUGUGUCAUGGGCCACUGGGAGAAGAGAAAUCUCCUGGAGACACAUGGACUGCCAAUUGCCACAGAUGUACCUGCACUGAUGCAAACACCACCGAUUGCAAACCUAAAGAGUGCGCUUUUCCACCCACAUGCAAAGCUGGAGAGAAGCUUCUAAAGUUCAAAUCUAAUGACACCUGCUGUGAAAUUGGAUACUGUGAACCAAGAACAUGUUUAUUUAACAAUACUGACUACAGGAUUGGCGCUUCAUUUAAUGACCCCCAAAACCCAUGUGUCUCCUACACCUGCAAGAACACGGGCCUCAUCGCAGUCGUCCAGACCUGCCCCAAACAGACCUGGUGUGCAGAAGUAAACAGAAUCUAUGAGUCAGGAAAGUGUUGCUAUACAUGUAAGAGUAAUUGCAGAUCUUCACCAAUAAAUGUGACAGUUAACUACAAUGGUUGCAGCAAAAAAGUCAGGAUGGCAAGAUGCAUUGGGGAAUGCAAAAAGACUAUCACGUACAAUUAUGAUACCUUUCAAUUGGAAAAUUCAUGCCAUUGCUGCCGAGAAGAAAACUAUGAGUUCAGAGAUGUUACUCUCGACUGCCCCAAUGGCAGCACGUUGCCGUACAGAUACAGGCACACCACAACCUGCUCUUGUGUAGACAUGUGCCAACAAUCUACAGCCUAAUGUAUAUGCCUUCCCAGUUGUAACAGGCCAGGUAUUUAUUUUAUAAGUGAACGAAAAUAAUAACUAAACACUUGUAUCCCACUCAAAAACAUGAGUUCUCAUUGUGAGGCAUUUUAUCCUCAUAAAUUGUAGACUUGAUAUGAGAAAUAAAUAUA